AUGACACGAUCAGAAUCCAACUCGGAGGUAGUACACCUAUCGAUAACUGGUACGGGUGACAAGAAACGGAUGGAAAUGAUUGCCCAUACAGUGCAGAAUCUUGGUCUUGCUAGUCAGAACUUAAAUUAUGGCGAUCUCGUCAAGAGGUUCCAGCACCUUAAAGGUCUGCCGAUAACCAGUUACAAGAAUGCUGUACCGCGGUUGUUAGUGGGCGUGGACAACUUAAAUUUGACUGUGCCGCUGAACAUGAAAGAAGGUGGAAGAUACGAGCCGGUUGCGGUGAAGACCCGAUUAGGAUGGUGCAUCUACGGAGGAGAAGACCACAGUUCAUCGUCGAAUGUGGUGAAUGUGCACACUUGUUCUUGUGUAGGGGAUCGAGAAUUACAUAAUCUGGUGAAGGAAUACUUUACCGUGGAAGACGUUGGGGCGAAAUCAGAGGUGGCGUUGGAAUCAACAGACGAUCAAAGGGCCCGGAUGAUUCUCCAGGAAACCACAAAAAGGGUAGACGGGCGAUACCAAACAGGGCUUCUGUGGAAGUACGACAGAAUCGAGUUCCCUGAUAGUUUUAAUAUGGCGUUGAAGAGACUCGAAUGCCUCGAGAGGAGGAUGAAUCGUGACCCGAAACUGAAAGAAAACAUCCACCGCCAACUAGUGGAGUAUCAAGCUAAAGGUUACGCAAGGGCAGCAACUCAAGCUGAACUCGAUCGUGCUGAUCCCAGGCGGGUAUGGUAUCUGCCACUGGGAGCAGUAGUUAAUCCCAAAAAACCGGGCAAAGUAAGGCUCAUAUGGGAUGCUGCUGCCAGUGUUGAGGGGAUAUCACUGAAUUCCCUUCUAUUGAAAGGACCAGAUCAGUUGGCGUCGUUGUCGGCGGUUCUGUCAAGAUUUCGGCAGUUCUCGAUUGGCGUUUCAGCCGAUAUAAAAGAAAUGUUUCACCAGAUUGAAAUAUGCGAAACAGAUAGGCAUUCCCAGCGAUUUUUGUGGCGGACAGAUCCCUCCAGGCCGCCUACAAUCUUUCUUAUGAACGUAGCAGCCUUUGGGUCAUCAUCAUCGCCAGCUUCAGCACAAUUUGUAAAAAACAAGAAUGCGGAAGAGUUUGCCGAUCGUUAUCCGAAGGCAGUCCAGGCAAUCGUAGACAACCAUUAUGUAGACGACUACCUGGAUAGUUUCGAGAAUGAAGAGGAAGCGCUACGAGUGUCACAGGAAGUUAGGAUGAUCCACAGCCGAGGAGGAUUCCAGUUAAGAAAUUGGCUCACCAACGGAAAACAGGUUCUGGAAGGUCUGGGAGAAAGCAGCACAGAUGAAACCAAAAAUUUGUUCCUGGACAAAGGAUCGGAAUGCGAACGCGUAUUGGGAAUGCUAUGGAAUACGAGAGAUGAUGUUCUGUGCUAUUCUACUGAACUGAAAGAAGAUAUACAACAACUGAUGGACAGCAACGUACAACCUACCAAAAGACAAAUGUUGAGAUGCCUCAUGAGCUUUUUCGACCCACUGGGUCUACUCAGUGCGGUCUUAGUGCAUGGCAGAAUCCUCCUUCAGGAUGUUUGGCGAGUUGGAACGCAGUGGGAUGAGCCCGUUGGUGACGACAUCUGGAAUCGCUGGAUGAAAUGGAUCAAUGCGGUGAAAACAAUCGACCAAAUUAGAAUACCUCGCUGUUACUUUCGGCAAGCUACCAUGAGUAGCUAUGAAGAACUACAACUCCACAUAUUUGUUGAUGCAAGUGAGCUUGCCUACUCGGCAGUCGCUUACUUCCGAAUAGUAACAGCAAGCACAAUGCCGGAUUGCGCCCUGGUUGCGGCCAAAGCCAAGGUUGCACCCCUGAAACCUCUAUCAGUACCAAGACUAGAACUACAAGCAGCGGUAUUGGGAGCAAGGCUGAUGCGAUUCGUUAUCGACACGCACACGAUAACUACUACGAAACGAUUUCUAUGGAGUGAUUCUUCGACUGUUCUGGCUUGGAUACAUGCAGAUCACCGGCGUUACAAGCAAUUCGUAGCCUGCAGGAUCGGAGAGAUUCUUACGCUGACUGAUGCAGAUGAAUGGAGGUGGGUGCCUACGAAGAUUAAUCCAGCAGAUGCGGCUACAAAGUGGGGUAAAGGACCUUGCAUGCAAGCAGAAAGUGAGUGGUUUAAAGGGCCGGAAUUUCUACGAAGACCCGAGAAGGAAUGGCCCAGUUCGAAGUUCAUCUCUACGACUACUGCAACAGAAGAAGAACUCCGUCCGUGUCACGUUCAUCGUGAGGUCGUUGUACCUGGAUUAGAAAUCGAUUAUCAACGAUUCUCUAAGUGGGAGCGUGUGCUGCGGACUGUGGCUUAUGCCCUGCGAUUCACCAAUAAUCUUAAACUGAAGUGCAGCGGUGUACCAAUACGUCAAGGAAUACUCACCAAGGAGGAACUACAGGAAGCGCAAAUCACACUUUUCCGAUCGGUGCAGUGGCAAGUGUUUCCGGACGAAAUGGCAGCAUUGGCAGCUGAUCGAAGAUCCCCAAUAAAACCAUCAAGCGAUCUUCACUCGUUAUGUCCAUACCUGGAUCAGCAAGGGCUUCUACGAGUGGAUAGUCGUAUUAAAACAGCUAACAAGGUGGCACUAUCUAUGAAGUUCCCCAUCAUACUUCCACCAAAACAUCGGCUGACACUACUACUAAUCGACGAAUACCAUCGUAAAUACCGUCACGCUAAUUUUGAGACUGUUGUUAACGAAGUACGUCAACGCUUCCACGUAUCGCGAUUGCGCCCUACGGUUAAAAAGGUGACCCAAAAUUGCCUGCGGUGCAGAAUCGACAAAGCGAAGCCCUGUAUUCCUCGGAUGGCUCCUCUGCCGCCAGCAAGACUUGCUGCAUAUGUCCGCCCUUUCUCCUACGUAGGACUUGACUUUUUUGGUCCAUUUUUGGUAAAAUUUGGACGAAGCAACGUCAAGAGAUGGAUCGCCUUAUUCACCUGCCUUACGAUACGGGCGGUUCAUGUAGAAGUGGUGUGCAGCUUAACGACAAAUUCCUGCAUUGAAUGUGUACGACGCUUCAUAUGCCGACGAGGAGAUCCCCUGGAGAUCUACUCGGAUAAUGGAACCAAUUUCCGAGGGGCGGCUCGACUGCUGAAUGAACAGAAGAAGGAGAUCUCGAUUAUAAAUGAGAACCUUGCUGGUGCAUUUACAAGUACAACCACGAAAUGGCUGUUCAUCCCUCCCGCAGCACCUCAUAUGGGUGGCGCGUGGGAGCGCAUGGUGCGCUCCGUAAAGACGGCUAUGUUUGCUGCUUAUGACGGCAAUCGAAAACUGACGGACGAAGGAUUGCAAACCCUGGUUAUUGAGGCUGAGUCCAUAGUGAAUAGCCGCCCGUUGACGUAUCUACCUCUGGAAUCUGCGGAGAGUGAGGCUCUUACGCCUAACCAUUUUCUUUUGCCGCUGAAGAACAUCGAAUGUAAGGACUUCGCUGCAGAUACGACAUCGGAAAACCAUAAGCAAACCGCAGCAGCGGUUGAAGCAACAUGGAACGCAACUCAACAGCAUUUGAACACCUACUGGAAACGUUGGAUCAGAGAGUACCUGCCGACGUUGACCAAACGAACCAAGUGGUUUGGUGAACAGAAAGCUAUCGAGGUAGGAGAUCUCGUCUUGGUAAUCGACGGUACUACACGGAACGAAUGGAUCCGCGGGCGUGUCAAGGAAGUAGUUGCUGGGAGUGAUCAACGGAUUCGUCAGGCCAUAGUACAAACUGCGAGGGGGUUGAUGAGAAGGCCUGUGUCCAAAUUGGCGGUCUUGGAGGUGAGAGAGAGUGGCUAA